UAAAAGGUUGGAUUUGCUGCAACCGACCAUGUGUCGCCAUUAAAACUGAUUGACGCUGGUGUAUCAAAAGAUGACAUGAUGAUAAUACAUACAUCAAUAUGUGUAGGAAAAAUUAUUUUGCCUCUCGUUAUUGGAAAAUAUACUUCAGGUCCAACACCAAUGAAUUUAUACAUAAAAGUUAUUCUGAUUAAAUUAUUUUGGAACAUUGCAUUUAUUAUACUAAUUUAUUAUACACCUGCAGCAUUGAUAAAAAAGAAUGGGACAGUAAAUAUUCCAAUGUAUUACUACGUGAUAUUAGUAAUUAUAUUAUCAAUACAGGAAAUCUUAAAUUAUAGUGUGUUUGUGGCUUUAUUAGCUUUUUACUCUAAGAUAAGUGACCCUCGUUUUGGUGGUACUUACAUGACAUUAUUAAAUACCCUAUCAAAUUUGGGAAGUGCAUGGUCAACUUUCACGGCACUUGAAAUCGUAGAUUUGUUAACGUUCAAAGAAUGUUCAUUUGAUUCCAAGAAUAAUUGUUCUACACUAGAUCUCCAAAACACUUGCAUAACAAACGGAGGUGACUGUGUCGUAACAAUAAACGGAUAUUACAUAGAAAUGACACUGUGUACCAUUUUUGGAAUCUUGUGGUACAGUAUUUUCAAAAAUAUACUUAAAAAUCUUCAAACAAAAUGCCCAUCUCAGUGGUUGGUGAACUACGCGAAACAACCAAUUACAAACAAUGGCAAAAAUGUAUUUACCAUUACUGUGACCUAAUAAUAUUUUUAAUGGUUUUUUACGUGAAAAAAAAACAGUAUUGUAUGAACCUAUUAAUCGUUCUGCGUAUUCYUUCAAUAAUCAAUUUCGACUACACAAUAGUACAUUCACUACCUUUAUAUGUUGGUAACAUAUUUCAAACAUAUUUUAAUGGUGUCGAUGGCAAAACUAAUUAAUAUAGUCCAGUCGAAUUAGGUUUUCAGCUCGGAAAAUUUUCCACCUAGCUGAAUUUUGGUACACACUUUUAUGACAUCGUUUUAAACAACGUGUAAAAAGUCACCAUCUAUAUCAUAUACACAUUAAAGGUUAUUCAAGGUCAAAGGUCACGAAAUUAGCCUUUUUUGAAUAUCUCGCUUUUUAUGAGUCGUGCAAUAAAAAGUUCAGGUUAUAAACUGUAGAAAAACUAAUUAUCUACAAAAAAGAUCUCAUAACAUUUUCACAUAAAAGUAAUAGUUUUUGCAUUAUAAGACCAUCAAAAUGUACACUUUUAAUGAAAUAUGAAUGAUUUGCUAAAGACAACUAGCCUUUGCGUUAAUAUCUCGUUACGUUUAUAUUGGUUUUACGAAAAAAACUUUCAAACAAAAAUUAUAAAGGAUAAAAUUAUCUACAAUAUGGUUAUACAUAUAUAUAUCCAAUCGCUCUUUCGGUAUACGAAUUUCAACGUUAACCAUACAAAAUUACGAUAAUAUUAUAUAUUAAUAUAUGUGUAUAAUAUAAUAUACACGAUGAUAAGAAUGCAUUCGUUUCCACACCACCAUUGAGGUAGAAGCUCGGCGAGUUUUUUUAUGUUCCCCAGUAGGCCUAAUCCAUGUAAUCAACAAUUGUAUCAUAGAAAAGUUAUCUAAUAGUCAAAAAAAAUUAAUUAAUAUUACAUUUUAAUUGUUAUUAAUCAUCAACCUCGCACUCGUUUUCWUGCAUUUCUUCUUCUUCUUCAUCUUUUUCAUUUUCUUCAUUUUUGUCUACAUUUUAUGGAYUGUCUUCUCCAGAUAUAUCCGCUGACAAAAAGUCAAGUGGGUCUAUWUCGUUAUCUAAAGCAUUGUCAAAACUUGAAUUAAAGCAUGACUGACCGCGACAAUGUCCACAAAUAAUCGAACAUUUGAUACCAAUUUUUUUGUAACUGCAGUUAGUACCACGGCCUUUUUUACAGUUACAAAACUCAUAUUAACCAAUUCAUUUGGUGUGGGUGGUAAAAAUGUCGUUAUAGGCUCCAAAACAUUGUUAUUCAUCGCCCACCCCCAAUAUUCCGGGUUUGRAACCUAUUGUGCCCAUCCAAAUUUGUACUUGAUAAUAAACUCGAAUCAGAUACUGUUGGGUGGCGCUAUUUGUUGGUGGUAUAGAAAUGAUAAUGAUGAUAAUGAUGUUUAUUUUUUCUGGUCAGUUUARCAAAAGUUAUGCAUCUGUAAUUAUCGAUGGAAAACACUUGUUUUGGGCAAUAUACAUUGUCAAAAUAAAUUGAAUUCCAUGUUAGAAAAUGUCUUGAAUGGAGCAAUUUUCUUUUGUGGACAUUGCUGCUGUACUUUGAAGGUGUGGACGAUUUUUUAAUAAUUUUAUAACGUUUACCUUUCCUUUAUUAAAAAAUGUAGCUGUCGUAUCACAUCCUGUAACAGCGUACAAAAAUAAAAUAAUAUGUUCUUUACCAAAAUGGUAGUGAUGACUAAUAUUAGAUGGGUAUAUUUUUGUGUCAAGUUUUCCUUUACCUGGUUUUAGAAAAAAAAAAUUGUUUUGGUACGGAGUGCGUUCUCUUUUYGAUAAUAUGGCAAUGUUUCUCUUGUGUGUAUAUUGUUUACGACACUYAACAUGAACAGUCACCGAUUUUAAAUUAUUCAAAAACUCAAAAUAUCCAUCGUCUCUUGCAUUGCAAGUGUUUUUCAACGUUUUUAAUCCACGCUCGACAUUUACAGUUUCRCCGACCGAUAGCGAGGUUUUAAAAUAAAACAAUUACCCGCCAUUUAGUAGGCUAUGUAAUAUAAACUUACGAAUAAGCAGUACUUAUAAAUAAAUUCAAAAUUCACAAAAAAAAUAUUCCCCAUAAACACGUGACGACGUUCGUACGGACUAAACUACUGAUAAGUACUAUAUACUGCAGUAGUAUUCAACCGGUAGGUCGCUACCCAUUUUUGGGUCGCGUAAUCUUUAAAAUUGGGUCUCAAUAARUCUUAUUUUWAAAAUAAAAAUUAUAUGUAUAAAAUUAUGUAAGGUAAAAAAAAAUAAUAAAAAAUAAUAUAAUCAUAAUGGAUAUCAAGUAUAAUGUUUUAUAUUACACUGGAAUGAUUCUACGUAGUAAGAUAUUGAGAUAAUAAUUUACGAAUAAACUGUGUUAUUUAUAGAAUUAAUAUUUAAUAUACAUUCUUAUCGUUAGAGUCCUAUUAUAGCAUGGCAAAUUUGAAAACGUCUUAAAGAAAUAGACUUGAAACUGAA